AUGGUCAAGACUAGUGUUCUGAACGAUGCGCUCAACGCCAUCAACAACGCCGAGAAGGCCGGCAAGCGUCAGGUCCUCAUCAGACCCAGCUCCAAGGUCAUCGUCAAGUUCUUGUCCGUCAUGCAGAAGCACGGCUAUAUUGGUGAAUUCGAGGAGGUUGACGACCACCGUUCCGGCAAGAUUGUCAUCCAGCUCAACGGCCGCCUGAACAAGACCGGUGUCAUCUCUCCCCGCUACAACGUUCAGCUCCGUGAGCUCGAGAAGUGGGUUGUCCGUCUGCUGCCAUCUCGUCAGUUCGGAUACAUCGUCCUCACCACCUCUGCCGGUAUCAUGGACCACGAGGAGGCCCGUCGCAAGCACGUUGCCGGAAAGAUCAUCGGUUUCUUCUACUAG